UGGGUUCCCUCAGGCCGAGCAGCCGUUGAGGGGCCCUCCUCCUCCUGUGGGCCGGCCGAGGAAGGCUUCCCUCAGGAUCCCAGGAUCCUGCCCUCGGUCCUCGCCCGCGCCAGGCGGUCGCCACAAAAAGAGGGCUUCCAGGCUGUAGCGGUCAGAGCUUUGCUAGCUCUGAGGCGGCAGCCGCGGCGGCAGACCCAUGAGCGUGGCAGUCAUGUCCCACGAGAAGAGCUUCCUGGUGUCCGGCGAGCCUUUUCCAGGCCAGCAGCCGCCGGCGCCCCCAGGCUACGCCCAGCCUCCGUACCCAACGGCUCCUUACCCACAGCCGCCCUUCCAGCCAGCCGGCUAUGGCCAGCCAGGGUACCCGCAGGGGCCCUAUCCUGCACCGGGGCCCUACCCUGCACCGGGACCCUACCCUGCACCAGGGCCCUAUCCACAGGGACCCUAUCCUGCGCCGGGGCCCUACCCGCAAGGACCAUACCCACAGGGGCCCUACGCUCAGCCACAUCCUGGGGUCCCAAUGGACCACGACUCGCCGCUGCAUAGCAACUACCACGAGGAUGGGCCCCCCUCUUACUACGACAACCAGGACUUCCCCCCCACAAACUGGGAUGACAAGAACAUCCGCCAGGCCUUCAUUCGCAAGGUGUUCCUGGUGCUGACCAUCCAGCUGUCGGUGACGUUUGCCUUCGUGGCAGUCUUCACCUUUGUGAAGGGCGUGAAGGGCUUUGUCCGCAGGAAUGUCUGGACCUACUACGUCUCCUACGCCGUCUUCUUCAUCUCCCUCAUUGUCCUGAGCUGCUGUGGGGAGUUUCGGCGCAAGCACCCCUGGAACCUCGUUGCCCUGUCGAUCCUGACCGUAAGCCUCUCCUACAUGGUGGGCAUGAUCGCCAGCUUCUACGACACGGACGCCGUCAUUAUGGCCGUGGGCAUCACCGCCGCGGUCUGCUUCACCGUCGUCAUCUUCUCCCUGCAGACCAAGUAUGACUUCACCUCGUGCCGAGGGGUGCUGAUCGUCUGCUUGAUGGUCCUGUUCAUCUUUGCCAUCCUUUGCAUCUUCAUCCGGAACCGCAUCAUGCAGAUUGUCUACGCCUCCCUCGGAGCCCUCCUCUUCACCUGUUUCCUGGCUGUGGACACCCAGAUGAUCCUUGGGAACAAGCAGCUGGCCAUCAGCCCCGAGGAGUACGUCUUUGCCGCCCUCAACCUCUACACAGACAUUAUCAACAUCUUCCUCUACAUCCUGGCCAUUAUCGGUCGUGCCAAGGAGUAGCAGGCGGCCCUCCUGCCCGCCCCAUUGGGGGGGGGUGUUUGCGAGCCCCCUCUUAAGGUUGUCUUAGUCAUUGUGCUCCUCCCCCCCUCCUUAUUUGCCCCCAGGCAUCCAGGAAUCCUCUCCUUCCUUUGGCUUUGGUUUGGUCUGGUUUUGUUUUUUUGGGGGGGGGGUUCUAUCCAUUCUCCUCCCUUGGGAAUGAGUUCUCCUUCUCUUGGGGCUCGGCUUCUCUGCCUGGAAGGAAGGGGUUCAGUUUAGCCCACGCUUGUGGGAAGGGGUUGCUCUGUCAAAUUUAUUUUGAGAAAAAGACUUCUGUCUGGCUUGUCCUGGGGUCGGG